UUACAUUCUUUCGACGCCUUCACCUAUUUACUAACUGUAAUGUAAUAAACAAUCAAGGAAUAACAAUAUUCAAGAGUUUUUUUUCACAGAUUAUAAUAUAACCAAACCGCGUGUGGUCUCCAGAAGUUGCGCUUUGUUCCAUUUAUAGUCCUCUAUUUCAGGUUAAUUAACUUCUAAGCAAGAGCAACAGAAAGUGAUCAAAUGGCCAAUCUUAUCUCGUUUCGUGAUGUAGCUAAACAUAAGUGCAAGAACGAUUGUUGGAUUCUCAUCCACGGAAAGGUCUAUGACAUCAGCAGUUUCAUAGACGAACAUCCUGGCGGUGACAAUGUUCUCCUCGCCGUCACCGGAAAGGACGCGUCGACUGAUUUCGACGAUGUGAAUCAUAGCAAUGAAGCGAAAGAAACGAUGAAGAAGUAUUGUAUCGGUGACGUUGACCAGUCAACGGUUCCGGUGACGGCGAAGUAUAUUCCGCCGUGGGAGAAAGAAUCUACGGCCGAAACCACCAAAGAAGAAACUGGAAACAAGAUGCUUGUAUACUUGAUUCCUCUCUUGAUUCUCGGCGUUGCUUUCGUUCUCAGAUUCUACAACAACAAGCAGACAAGUUAAAAAGACUUAUGAUGAAAAGAAAUAUCCAUCGCAGAGUUUCAUAUUGUUGUAAUAUUAUUUAGGUUUUGUGUGUUCGUAAUAAUGGGUUUCUUAUUCGAAGAUUGGCCCAUGAAUGGGAGUUCAAACUA